UAACGGGACGGAGGCAGGGACACACUGCUCUCUACUUUCGUUCACUUCAACUGAAUACAAUAUAAUAUAAUAUCAUAUAAUAUAAUCUAUAUCUCCUCUACUUUAGUUCCUCUGAAACAUGUCGGCUGACUCCUCUAACUGGCUCCGGUUAAUGUUUUCUUCUUAAAGUGGGACCGGAGCCGGUAAACGCGUGGGACCGGAGCCGGUAAACACCGUGGGUUAACGGGGGGAAUCCAGCCCACAUAUUUAUUGCAGCCGCUGAAAAAACCUCCUCAAUAUCCCCCAAGAUGGCCGCCGAUGUAGGAUCGAUGUUUGAAUAUUGGAAGAAAUUUGAUCUCCGGCGGCUCCAGAGGGAGCUGAACUCGGUGGCGUCUGAUCUGGCUGGUCGACAGGAAGAGAGCGAACAUUCACACAAACACCUGGUGGAGCUGAGCAGGGAGUUCAAGAGAAAUGUGCCUGAGGAAGUGCGGGAGAUGGUGGCACCUGUUCUCAAGAGUUUCCAGGCCCAGGUGGUUGCUCUGAACAAGCGCAGCAAGGAGGCCGAGUCUGCGUUCCUGGGAAUCUACAAACAGCUUAUCGAGGCCCCAGAUCCAGCUCCGGUGCUGGAGGCCUCCCACACCCUGGAGGAAAGGCUGCAGCACCUCCACAGCUCGGCCCCAGACAGCCAGGCGCUGGUACGGGAGAUCAGCAGCCACUGGAAGAAACACCUGGAGUGCCUUGAAAAGACAGAGCCCUCAGAGGACGGUCCAGCAGGGACAGAGGACGCACCAGAGUCCAGCUCCCCAGCCUCCCUGAUGACGCCCAACAGCACCCCGGCUCCCAGGGCCCCGGGCUCCCCACAGCAGAAUCACCAGGACCUAGCUGAGGGCCGAGGGGAGGAAGAGGAGGAGGAAGAGGAGGAGAGCGCCAGUGUUGGUUUGGCUGACAGACUAUCAGAGGCCGAGGAGAAGAUCAAGGUUCUGCAUUCAUCUCUGAACACGGCCCAGACGGAGCUGCUGGACCUGCGGUGUAAAUACAACCAGCAGAUGGCCAAUAAGGCAGAGGAGGUCGACGCCAUCAUGGCCAAUCUAGAGAGAGCCAACCAGAGAGCAGAGAAGGCUCAGAGGGAGGUGGAGAGGCUAAAGGAGCAGCUGGCCGCCGGGAGCUGCCCUCCAGCAGAGGGCGCUAGCAGGGAGAGGAAGGAGAAGGGCGAGGUGUUGCCCUCCCAGCUGGAGGCCGCCCUGUUGGCUAAAGACCGUGAAAUCCUUCGUCUUCUUGAGAACAUUCAGCGGCUGCAGUUCACGCUACAGGAAGUUCAAGAGACCUCGGCUAAUCAGAUCCUAGAGAUGGAACGCCAGCUGGCCUAUAAGACGGAAGCUAUCGAGAGAUUAGAAGCUAAACUGCAGUCCCAGAUGGACUACGAAGAGAUUAAAACUGAGCUCAGUAUCCUGAAGGUGAUGAAGCUGGCGUCAGCCAACGGCAGCUCCUCCCAGGAUUCUACCAAGGCUGCAGAGGCCAUGUUGCUGGAUAAAGAAGUCUUUCUUCCAUCUCACAAAUACCUGGUGGACAAGGCCCGGAUGUUGCACAGUAUUGAUGAUGACCAGUCUGAGGAUGGUGGUAGGGAGUCUGGUCGGCCUCCCGCCUCCCACUCGUCCUCCUCUCAUGCGGAUGGUCGUGCCUCCCCCAGCCCCGGUCCUCCCACCCUGGACGGCUCGUCCUCCAGCCACGAUCUACCCCGUCCGUUCUCCGUGUCCCCGUGCUCCGGGGACAGACUGUCAGGAGAUCACAUCCUUCACAAGCAGCUCCUCUCCCCACACUUUAAGAAGGAAGGCCUCAUGGCGUUUCCCACCGCCCUCUAUGCAGCCAAAGUCGCCCUUAUGUCAGCCACCCAGGGGUCCAUGGGGGCGGGCAGCGUCGACGCCGGCCUGCCCAGCGACCAGUCAGAGAGCGGCAGCUCGACCGCAGGAGACGAGGACCAACUGGACACGGCAGAGAUCGCCUUCCAGGUGAAGGAACAGCUGCUGAAGCAUAACAUUGGCCAGCGGGUGUUUGGCCACUACGUGCUGGGCCUGUCCCAGGGCUCGGUCAGCGAGAUCCUGGCCAGACCCAAACCCUGGAGGAAGCUGACUGUGAAAGGAAAAGAACCUUUCAUCAAGAUGAAGCAGUUCCUCUCUGAUGAACAGAACAUCCUGGCACUCAGGACCAUCCAGGUCCGCCAGAGAGGGAGCAUCACUCCACGCAUCCGAACUCCUGAAACUGGGUCAGACGACGCCAUCAGGAAUAUCCUGGAGCAGGCCAAGAAGGAGAUCCAGUCCCAGAGGGGAGGUGAUGGGAAGUCGUCUCUGAACAUCUCGUCAGGCAGAAGCAGUAACGGGGCAGGAGGCAGCUCUGAUGACACCAUAAAGAGCAUCCUGGAUCAGGCCAGGAGGGAGAUGGAGGCCCAGCAGCAUGCCCUGAUGGAGAUGGAGGUCUGCGGGAGGGCCCCCACUGCCAGCUCAGGAGCUCAGGUAGAGCGUCUGGGGCCCCCGGAGCGCUCCAGGGGCCUGCCUUUACCCAUCUCCAUCAAACAGGAGGAGGGGGGCUGUGUUACAGUCUGCAUGGCCAACCCCAUCAGCAGCCCCCAGACGCCCCUCAGUGUCCUCUCCCCCGCCGCCUUCGUCCAGAACAUCAUCCGCAAAGUCAAGUCAGAGAUUGGUGAAGUGGGCACCUACUUCGACCAGCACUGGUCUCAGGAGCGGGGGUCCAUGGUGCUCAGCGGUGGAGGCAGCUCUCUGCCCUUUAAUUCAGUGUCUCCCUCCCUGUCUUCCUCGUCCUCCGGGCCCUCCGCCUUGCCCCGGCCCUGGCCCCGCCUAGAGAACGGCGAGUGUCUCCCCAACAGCGAGGAGGCCUCUGCUGCGGAGGACGAGCUGGGGCUGGGGCUGGUGCUGGGCCGGCCGGUGGAGGUCAAAGUGGAGUCGGACACGUCGGUCAGCGGAGAGUCUCCCGGACCCGGCUCCGGCCCCGGGAGGCUGUCCUACUACCCGGCCUACAUCCCCCGCGCCCUUAAGCCCACCGUGCCGCCGCUAACUCCAGAACAGUACGAGAUGUACAUGUACCGAGAGGUGGACACCCUGGAGCUGACCAGGCAGGUGAAGGAGAAGCUGGCAAAGAAUGGCAUCUGUCAGAGGAUCUUUGGUGAAAAGGUGCUGGGGCUCUCUCAGGGCAGCGUGAGCGACAUGCUGUCUCGGCCCAAACCCUGGAGCAAGCUGACCCAGAAAGGCAGGGAGCCCUUCAUCCGCAUGCAGCUGUGGUUACUGGACCAGCUGGGCCAGAGCCUCAGCCAGCCCCCAAACCACGCACACACUCUGGAUAAAAGCCCCGUGACGGCCCAGUCCUCGCCAUCCCCGCCUCCUAGCCCAGCAGAGAGCCACCCAAGUCCGCUGGUGGAGCCGGUCAGCCUCUCCCUAGAGAGCAGCAAGGAGAACCAGCAGCCUGAGGGUCUGGGCCUGGGGUUGCCCCCCCACCCAGACGGAGGGAAGUCCACCCCCAGCCUCAUGGCCCUGCAUCAGCCCACUAACCCACUGGGGAUCCAGGAGCUGGUGGCCAUGUCCUCGGAGCUAGACACCUACGCCAUCACCAAGAAGGUGAAGGAGGUCCUAACGGACAACAACCUAGGCCAGCGUCUCUUCGGGGAGACCAUCCUGGGCCUAACCCAAGGCUCGGUGUCGGAUCUUCUCUCCAGGCCCAAGCCGUGGCACAAACUGAGCCUGAAAGGCAGGGAGCCGUUUGUCCGCAUGCAGCUGUGGCUCAAUGAUCCUCACAAUGUGGACAAGCUGAGGGCCAUGAAGAAGAUGGAAAAGAAAGCCUAUCUGAAACGGCGGUACGGGCUGCUGAGCACCGGCUCGGACAGCGACUCACCGAGCACUCGUUCUGAGUGUGUGAGUCCGGCCUUGGCCUCGCUGGACCUGUGUCCCUACAGCCAGGUGAAGAAGCCUCGGGUGGUGCUGGGAGCCGAGGAGAAAGAAGCCCUGAGGAAGGCCUACCUCCUGGAGCCCUACCCCUCUCAGAACACCAUCGAGAUACUGGCCGCCCAGCUCAAACUCAAAACCAACACCGUCAUCAACUGGUUCCACAACUACAGGUCCAGGAUGCGACGAGAGGUUCUGAUGGAGGGUCUGCAAGACAACGACACCGAUGCUGAGCACCACAGCUACUCGCCCUCAGCGACUCACAGCCCCCACUCUGAUGGAGAGGGGAGGAGGCUGCUGCCGCCCUCAGGACACAUCCACUCCAGCCUUCCUCUCAGCGCCAACACCGCACUGCCUCACGUCAAACAGGAGGCCACAGACAGGGAGGACGAGGGGGACGAGGAGACGGAGGGCUCCAUCAAACUGUCCAGAGUUCAGUGUUUCUCCUCAGCGGUACAGUUCCCGCCGCUGAAGAACGAACACGAGGACUCCAUCGCUGGCUGCCGUGAGCCCCUGAGGCAGGAGGAGGGGAUGAGCAGCCAGGCUCCAGGGCUCUACCCCGGCACCGUCUCCAUAGACGGUCCCCAGAGAAUCAACCAGUCCAGGCACGAGGGGGAAGACUCCGGGAAGUCCCCCGUUGACCCGGUCAGCUUCAAGGCUUCAUCAGAGCCCUGCCGCAGCAGUCUGGAGGUGUCCCUCAACUCGCCCUCUGCUGCGUCCUCACCCGGCCUCAUGAUGUCAGUGUCCCCCGUCCCCUCCUCCUCUGCUCCCAUAUCGCCCUCGCUGCCCAAUCCGCCCUCGACGAGCACCAAUCACAGCCUGGACCCCAACCAGCUCCCUCCCUUCCAAAGCCCCAAGCUCAACAGAAGCACUCAGAGACGCAACGAGAAAAUGGCCAACCUCAAUAACAUCAUCCACAGGCUAGAGAGAGCCGCCAAUCGAGAGGAAACGCUGGAAUGGGAGUUUUAGGUCCCCUCUUUCCUGUACGGAGUCCUGAUGAGUCCUGGCGGCACACAGGAGAGUCUCAGAUAGAAGCUUCCUGAAAGCGUGGAGCGGCGUGGCGUGGCUCCUGGAGGCCCGUCCUCUCAGACUGAUAACUCACAGGAAAUGGGAAUGCUCAGCUCCCUACAAGAACUUAAAGAGUUGAAAAAAAAUUUCUAAUGGUGUAUUUGUUUUGUUUUUUUGUUGUUGUUUUUUUGAUAAUGCAUACUACUUUGAAUAUAUGUGACAGCACUAGCUGUUGUUUUACCUAUUGGACUUGACAUGAAGACUUUUGCAGCUAUGGUGUCAUAAAAUGUACACUGAAGUUCUGUAGAUUGCCACUGGGUGAGAUUAAAAAAAGACCCCUGUCUUAAGCCAUUAAAAGCACUAUAACUAUUUGAAAAGAGACAUUGACCAAAUUUGCUACUUUUUGAAUAGCAAUUUUUCAGAUUUUGUCUGUAAGACUGGACAGUUUAAGUCAAGUAACAUGAAAUCCUAUUACUGACUGAGGGAUAGUCCUUUAAGACUCUAAAUAUUCAACAUCUUGUAUGUACUUAGUUUCUUGGUGAUAUGUUUUGAACUAUUUGUAACUCACACGUAUAAAAUGUGGUUGUACAUGUUGUAGAAUUGUCUGCAAUAGCCUUCUCUAAACCUGAUGUAGCAUGGUACUCACCUGACCCUGUUAUCCUCUGUAGUUAGUCACCUGUGAUUAUACUUGAGCGAAAACAAGAGAAAAAAAAAAGUUGAAAACCCUGCAAAAAAUAAGAAAAAAGGAAGCAUUGAAUCUAACGAGUAGAGUACUUUUAGUGUUUGGUUUUCUGUUUUUCUUUGUCUAAUCCUUGAGGUUUACAGUUUAGGGCCUGUGUGCUUCUGGUAGGAAGUGAAACGUUCACUACACAUGAGCACAGUUUACAUGAUUUCUUUCACACUUACCUCUCUGACCCUCCAAGGCACUGCUUCUCAGACCGUAACAGACCUGGUUUACCUCACAUUAUGUUCGUGCACAUCAUGCUAUGACCAUGCGUUUCAUUCUUAUACAUAAACAUGACCCGACCUUAUUGGAAUCAAGUGCUCUGUAUCACUGCCUCAGACGUGCAGAGAUCAAACAUGAAACAAGUUUUAAUGAGCAAAAUCUGUCUUUUACAAAGAAUAUGCUGCUGUUUGAAGAGAUAAUAAUUCCAUAUUAUAUGUGUGUGUUAUGAUCCUCCUGAUUGAUGCACUUUCUCCAGAUGGGUCAUUUAUUGUAGCUAGAAUCAAACACGUCGACCUCUGUUGGUUAGCUGAGCAGUUGGAUAUGAGGAGCUUGUCGGUACGGUGCUGUGAACUGAGGCUCAGAGUAUUGGAGAGCAUGAUAUACAGGAUGACCUCUGACCUCUGAUCAACAUGGAAACAUCCCAUCUGUAACUACACUAUAUUCAAGGACACAACAGGUUACAGGUAUCCCCUCAUAUUAUCUUGUGUAUCGUGUCAGUAGAAGUUUCUUUGUCAUGCUUGCAAAAUGUUCUUUAUGUAUUUUGCCUCUAUUUUAUACUCAGAACAGUUAACUAGAUAUUCAAUACCUCGUGUAUGAACUACUUACAGCACUUAGAUUUUGAUAAUUGUGAGGACUCAAGAAAAUUUCAAAUAUCAACAUUAUCCUAACUUAGUGUUCACAAGUCUUUGCCUUUACUGUAUCGUUGAAGUUGGUAGUAAACACUUGCACAUGUCUACAUAGUUCAGAGGACUUGGAUUGUAUUAUGUAGAGAUAUAUAUUACACAAUUACUUAAAAAAGAAGAAGAAUAUCUUACAUUCUUGGAACAAAAUGUGCUGAUUAUAUUGAAAUAGAGUGUACAGAUUUAAUAAACCAAACCCAUUGAAGCCAGUUGUGGUCUGGCAAGCUCGCCCACGUUUUAGACCUUCUCUCAGGGUAGUCUUGCUUUUUAAAGCUUUACUGAAACAGUUGCUCUCAUCACUGGUGGUGACUAUGAUAAAACAUAAUGUGCUGUAGUAGAGAAUGACUCUGUUCAAUAUUCAAUGGCUCCGUGGAAGUUGUGUGUAUACAGGAAACGCAGCUUUCACAGGACGAGGUGGUUUGUUGGAGAGCUGUUGCUGUUUGUAAUUCAUUCCACAGACGUGUCAAAGUGCAGUGUCAGUGAUUGGAACCACCACGACGAGGCCGAUGGGUUGCAUCUUUCAGAUCAGUAGACUUUGCUCUCUAAAAUACCUUUCUGGUUUUCUCUUGGAGCCACAGAAGAUUUUUUCUCUGGUUUUCGUACCACCAUUUUUUGUGCAUAAUAUACUGUAUGAUUAGAGGUGGCAUUUCUAAUGUGGAAGUUUCAUUGUCUUUAAUGGUAACAUGGACAUAUGACUGAAAAAGAAAUGUAUUUACAAGCAUUAUCUCCUCAUGUAAAGCUCAUCUCAUUGUUUUGCAUGCAAAUCCAUUCUGGUCUCAUGACAAGAGAUAGGACUGUGUUUUUGUGUUGUUGUUCUUGCACAGGGACGUCAAAUCAGCACUUAAAGUCUUUUUACAUUAGUGAAGUCCAUGCAUGGUGCAGCUGAUCCAUCUGGCUCUCACAAAGUCAUCAUGAAUCCAGUCAAAUCAGAACCCAAUAACUUCCUUCCAGGUAAAUAUUUAAAUCAAGAUUAUUUUGUGCCAUAUCAUAUGCCUCAUGCAUUAUCCUCACAGGAGUAAUGCCUGGUGGUGUGAUUUCAGAGGGGUGUAGGGCUUCUUGUAACCCGGUUCAGAAAAAAGCAAAGCUUUUUAGUAACAAGAGCCCCACACAUUAGGUGGUUUUAUUUUGUAAUUGACAUUAGUCACUAAAUAAUGAGGCAAUUGGUCAGCAAAAUUUGAUUGAUUGUAUUCAGAGUUGUUAAUAUAGAAAACAAUAUUCACAACUCUGACAAUGAGGGUUUGUCACAAAGAAAAUGUUGGAUUAGAAAGUCUGUGAGCCAAUAAAGAGAAGUGUCCUGCAGGCUUAAAUAACGGUCCACCGCCUCACAUGCCAGGCUUGGAAAUGUUAAAGAAUGGACUAAGGGAUACGCCAAGCCUCUUGGAACUGAAUUUGCAUAUGUAAGCCAUCAUUCAAUACAUAAUUGUUUAAGA